GAGGAGGAAGGAGGAAAGAUGGGACCCGGGGAGCAGCUCCCAGCACAGAGCCAGCCCAGCCCAGCCCCGUCUCCGUGCUGCCUCGCGAGGAAUUCCGCCACGGGAGGGUACCGCCGCUGGUGACGAGCGAUGGGGUAUGAUGUCGCGCGCUUCCAGGGCGACGUCGAUGAGGACCUUAUCUGCCCCAUCUGCAGCGGGGUCCUGGAGGAGCCCGUGCAGGCGCCGCACUGCGAGCACGCCUUCUGCAACGCCUGCAUCACGCAGUGGUUCUCGCAGCAGCAGACGUGCCCCGUGGACCGCAGCGUGGUGACGGUCGCCCACCUGCGCCCCGUGCCGCGGAUCAUGCGGAACAUGCUCUCCAAGCUGCAGAUCACGUGCGACAACGCCGUGUUCGGCUGCACGGCCGUCGUGCGCCUCGACAACCUCAUGGCGCACCUCAACGACUGCGAGCACAACCCCAAGCGCCCGGUGACGUGCGAGCAGGGCUGCGGCUUGGAAAUGCCCAAGGACGAGCUGCCCAACCACAACUGCAUCAAGCACCUGCGCUCGGUGGUGCAGCAGCAGCAGACGCGCAUCGCCGAGCUCGAGAAGACGUCGGCGGAGCACAAGCACCAGCUGGCGGAGCAGUGGCCUGUGCCCCUGGGGACACCGGGGCCCCCGAUGCAUGGAGCUAGCGGGGAUGUGUCCUCAUUGGGGACCGUGACAGUGACCUGGGGACAGUGCCCCAAGGACCCAGGGGACGAUGCCCCGGCCUAG